ACAUUUGGCGCCUCGCUGUUACUGGGAAGGGGAAGAAGGAUGAAAAUGUUUUAUGAUUUUUUACCUUCUGUUUUCAAUAAGGUUGUUUAUGGUUAUUUGAAAGUGACAUACAAAUGAUUAACCACUGAAAAUCUUAUAUUAACUUUAGAAGAAGAUAAAACAGAAAAAAAUAUCCAUACAGAUUUGUUUUCUGGCUUUCUUCGACUAAAGUUUAAAGAGAAAUCACACAAUUUUCUGUAAUAACAAUCUCUGGUUUGUAAUAUAAACCAAGUUGCACUGUUCAAAAGUUCACACUGCAUACUAAAAGAAGUUAUAAAAUAUUUUCUGAGUGAUAUACAUACAUCGGUUAAACUGGAUAUCUUAUGUGCAGUGACAACAAUAAUGGCUGGAGCAUCUGCUCAAGAAGAUGAUGAAUACAGAGAAGUGAUAAAAAGUUUUGUUGGUGAAAGACUUAGAAGGAAUGGUAUUUUUAUUCCAGGUUAUGAUACUGAAGAAAAUCUUGGAGAACCAAGCUUAGAUAUAGCUUCAACUUUACGUAGAGUGGGUGAUGAAUUAGAAGCUGUAAAUUCUGAAUUUUUUGGACAUAUGUGUGAGCAACUGCAAAUUACACCGAACAAUGCCUAUCCCACUUUUCAAGGCAUAUGUGAUGAAAUAUUUGUUUCAGGAAAGAAUUGGGGUAGAAUAGUAGCAUUUUUGACAUUUGGUAGUAGAUUUGCUGUACAUUGUGCAUCUAGGAACGAUUUGGGUUAUGAUUAUGUUGACAGAAUUGUCAGUUGGAUAUCAAAAUAUAUGUCAUUACAUUUAGAUUAUUGGAUGAAACAGCAUGGAAGCUGGGGAGGGUUUGUUGACUUCUUUCAAAAAUCCGAUGGCAAUACUAAUGGAGGCAGUAAUCAAAAUGGCUUCAUAGUGUCAGCACUCGCAGGGUUAGGUAUAGGUGCACUUCUUAUGAUGACCUUUAAAUAAAUGGCACGUACAUGUAGCUUUUGACAUGAGUACAAGCUUGCGAGAGGUGACGUGUUGUGUUGGUAACCAUGAAACGAUUAUGAGCGCAAUGUGUAACAUGCUUGCCCUUUGCCUUUGAUGAAACGCAAUGGUAGAGAGACAUUUAGGCCAUGGUAAUCGCCUCUUAAAAGAUCUUUCGAUGUCAUUCUUGAUCCUUUAAUGCCAUUUCCUCGGAUACAUCUUAAGGAAUAAAAUGAUAUUUCUAUAAAGACAAUUGUGCCUCGAUAACCCAUGCUUUGUUGUUGUUUUUGAUGUGUAUGCAGAAAUUUAAUUGUUGCACAAUUUCCGUCGUGCAUACAGCUCUUUUUACACUAGCAACCCAGCUGUUUUUAUACUAGCAGUUAAUUCUUCGCUUUUAACGUGAAAAUAUAAAUAGCGUCAUUACCUUGGUCAUUCCAAUUAUUUAAACGCUCUCACAUUCAUUAUGUUACUAGUGAUCCCGGCACGUUUUUGUCUUGUUUAAGAAUCUAAUCAUUAAUCACUUAUAGCAAGAUGGACACAUUACGGCGAAUUAUUAGUUCGUUGUUAACUUGAACUUGUUUAUACAUAAUAUUUAUUUUAUUGUGGAUAAUAUCGUGGAAACUAUUAAUUCAUACUUUUACGGCUACCGAAAAAGUUUAAAACCUACCACGUCUUCUUUUCUUCUAUUUUUUAUAUGCUAGAAGCUUAACUUUCUCAAGUCGGCGUCCGAGUGUGAAAACGGAACUUCGUCGGUGCCGUAAAAUUAUCUAGGUGUGCAUUGUAUGUAUGCGAUAUGCGUAUCAUAGUAAAGAGAAAUCUCUUGAUAUUUUUAUAAUUUAAGUAAAAAUGAAAAAAAAACCACA